AUGAGAAACAGGAAACUUGCACUUGCUGCAAAAUAUGCCAACCAUCCUGGCGCGCGCUUACUCGAUAUUGGCGAAAAACUAGCUCCCCUUUGCAAAGAGCCAAGGGGGUCAUUUUCUGCACCUUACAAUCGAAAAAAUCCUCAGUCAUUGGCCAACUAUUCAUCUCCACAAAGUUCUAAAAAAAUUAUCAACCUUAACUCGCCCUAUACUGGACAUUCUGUGAGCGUGAAUAGUGGCUGGGCACAAGGCUCUCCCAAGCGUCUCAACUUUAUUUCACAGAUGGUACGAGGCCUUUCCAUAGAAGAUGCCAUCCUUCAGAUGACGUUUAGCAAAAAACGAGCAGCUCGUAGAUUGCUUGCUACGUUGGUUCGUCUCCGUACCCGAGCUAGAGUUGAGAAAGCCCCGUUGGAUCAUAUGGUUUUAUCAUCGCUGACGGUUGGACGUGGAAAAAUUACCAGAGAAAUUGAUAUCAAGGGACGCGGGCGCCACGGAAUCAAAAAACACUACCAUUCCCAGGUACGAGUCACACUGUCCGAACCCAAUUACGAACGCGAAUUCAAAAAACAUUACAAGAUCCCCCGCUUUGUUGAACAUAAAUCUGUGCUUGCCAGAAUUGACUACUAA